AUUACGAAAUGUCAGUCUGUUCCUAGGAGUCUUUGUCGAAGGAUGAAGACAAGCAUUAACAAUUUAGUUUGAUUCUUGAAUAAUUAUUGUAUAAUAUUAACAACUAUUAAAGAGUCUACUUAGACUCUUGUUAAUUUUUUAACAAGUUUUUGGAAGUCGUGGAAAGUUAUGCCACGGCGCCAACCAAGUAGACCCAUUUUCCGUCUUUAUAAACGUCAAAGGAUCAAGAAUAGUCACGAGGAUACUAUUAAAUAAUCAGGACUUUAUUUGUUUUGAGGAUAAAACACGUCAACUGUUGAAUUGAAAAUUCGUCAGUUGGAUAUUUAAAUUAUUAUUGGAGUCAUUGGAAAUUCCAACCAUAAAUGAGCUUCUUCAGAAAACUAUUCUUUGGGAAGUACCUUAUGAUCACAAAUACUGUGAGUGGCGGGCUGAUGAUGGGUAUUGGAGACUUUUUGCAACAAAGAAGAGAACAAUGGAAACAGAAAUAUAUUGAUUCAGCUAAUGAGUUGGAGAACAUGGUGCAAGAUGGAUUAUCUUUCACACUAACACAAUGCUCUAAUAAUUUUAUACAAGGACCGAAUCAACCGAUUGUCCUUACUAAUCUACAAAAUCAUGAUAUUACUCGUACUAAAAAUAUGGCUACAAUUGGUUUGAUGCAAGGUCCUUUUAAUCAUUAUUUUUACGUUCUUCUCGAUCGGUUCCUACCAGGAAAAACAGUAGUUUCUCUUGCAAAAAAAACUAUUAUUGAUCAAUUUGUGGGCAGUCCUACAAAUCUUGUUAUGUUCUUCUUUGGACAUGAACUGCUUGAACAACGAAACCCAAGGGAAGUUUAUAAGGAUAUUGUUGAAAAAGUCAUUGAAACAUACAAAAUUGAUUGUUGUUUUUGGCCUCCAACACAAUUGUUAAACUUUAUGUUCGUACCAAUACAAUAUCGUGUAAUUUACGUAAAUAUUAUGAACGUCAUUUGGAAUGUAUUUUUAUCAUACUCAAAAUAUAUGUAAAAAUAAUUUUGAUGAUGCUGCAUAAAUGAAAGGUAUCAAGUAAUGAGACUAAUUGAUAAUAAUAUCAAUAAAUCUUUUCAUAUUAAAAUGAAGAUAUGCUGACUAUAGUGUAAGAAGAAACUUGGAGAAAAAUAUCAUGAUGUCAUCAUGUUCCUAGAUUAAUGGAAAAUUUAACACGAUAAAAAAUUCAUAUCACUAUUAUUAUCUUUACAGACUUAUAUUCUAUUGUUUGUCAAUAACAAAGAUCGUUUCCGCAAAAAUAUUUAUCAAACUUUCUGAUAUUUAUCGUAUAAACGAUCACUUUGAUCAUUAUCAUUUAUAAACAAUAACACGUGCUUGUUACUUCUUUAAUAAAUAAUUUAUGUAUGAUAAAAAAUUUGAUCAAAAAGUUGGUAAAGACUGGUAAUUAGUGAUAAAAAUUUUGUUGUAUCUCUACAGUCGCCAGCUUGCAAAUAUACACAAGAAUUGUCAUAGGAAUCAUGAGUAAAUAAGAAUAAUAAAAAAACAAUACAUUGUUACAAUUAAACAUUGCACAAUCUUUUGUGGGUAGAUCGAGAUCUUGAUAUAGAUUUCAUAUCACACAGAUCCCCGUCGGAGCGGCGCCAAAACUCCUGACAUCAAUGUGCAACAAGUGAAUUUAUUUAUCAUCAAUUUUUAAUUAAUAUUCUGUUUUUAUAACUAUUGUAUUAUAAACAAAUAAAAUAUAAUGUUCCGUUUA